AUGCAGGCAACCGCUUCGUCGCAGCCUGACCGUCUCCUGCUCCACCGCUCGCGCGCAGCAGCUCCCUCACCCUCUCCCGGAAGUGACAGCACCACACCCGCUCGCGCCGUCUCCCCCUCGCACGAUCCGCGGCUCGACAAGCGCUCUGAUGACUGGAAUGCGGAUGUGACGGGUCAGGCGGGUCAGGCGGGCACGCAGGGGAGCGGGAAGGGUUACUUGCUCGACAAGGGUGCUGAGGAGGAGCCGCCAUCGUCGAACCGAACCGACUACAUCGUCCUCCUCGGGGUCUUCCUCCUCGCUGCGGUGCUGCGGUUCUAUCGAAUCGACCAUCCUUCAGGCGUUGUCUUCGACGAGGUUCACUUCGGCAAGUUCGCCAGCUACUACCUUCGCCGCGAGUUCUUCUUCGAUGUCCACCCGCCUCUCGCCAAGCUCCUUCUCGCCUUCCAAGGAUGGCUGAUCGGUUACGACGGCAGCUUCGAGUUCGAGAACAUUGGCGACUCGUACCUCGACGCCAAGGUGCCGUACGUCGGACUGCGAACGCUUCCCGCGCUCCUCGGAAGCGCCAUUCCAGCCGUCGUCUACGCCAUCAUGCGGGAAAGCGGAUACCCUCGCGUCGUCGGCUUGUUCAGCGCCUGCUUGGUCCUCUUCGACAACGCCCACAUCGCCCAGACCCGCCUCAUCCUCCUCGACGCCCCGAUGAUCCUCUUCAUGGCGCUCGCCUUCUACGCUUACAUCCGCUUCUACAAGCUGCGAUACUCCGAGUUCACGCGGCCUUGGUGGACCUGGAUGACCCUGACCGGCAUUUUCCUCUCGCUCACCAUCUCGUGCAAGAUGGUCGGCCUCUUCGCCUUCCUUGCCGUCGGCAGCGCAGUAGUCUACGACCUGUGGAACAUCCUCGACGUCCGAAGAGGCCUGACGAUCGAACACGUCGCUCGCCACUUCUUCGCUCGCGUCUUCGGCCUCAUCGUCGUUCCUGCCAUCGUCUACCUCUUCUGGUUCUGGGUCCACUUUGCCGUGUUGACCAAGUCAGGGACGGGCGACGAGUUCAUGAGCCCGGCAUUCCAGCAGACGCUGCUUGACAGUCCUUUGACGGCGCUCGCGGAAGAAAUCCGCUACUACGACACGGUCAUCAUUCAACACAAGGGCACGAAGGCGUUCCUGCACUCGCACCCGGACCGCUAUCCGCUCAAGUACGAUGACGGCCGCAUCUCGUCCGCGGGCCAGCAAGUCACCGCCUACCGCUUCAACGACACCAACAACCACUGGAUCGUCGAGCCCACCAAGGAGAUUCCUGCCUCGGGUCGCGGCCGCGUCGUUCGCCACCACGACAUCAUCACGCUCCGCCACGUCCUGACGAACACGACCCUCCUCACGCACGACGUCGCCUGCCCGACGAUGGCGACCAACACCGAAUUCACGACCUGGGACGGGCAGUGCGCGAGCGAGGAGGAGUGCGAGGCCAAGACGCUCGACACGCAUUUCCAGCUCGACAUCGACGACGCGCACGAGGGCCAGCAGUGGAUGACCAAGUCGUCUCACUUCCAGCUUGUCCACAUCCCGACGCGUGUCGCCAUGUGGACGCACACCGACCCGCUGCUGCCCGACUGGGCAUUCAAGCAGCAGGAGGUCAACGGCAACAAGAACCUCAAGGACCGCACGACGUUCUGGGCUGUCGACGAGAUCGUCCGCGACCCGACCAAGCCGGACCUCUUGCGACCGAAGAAGGAGCCGCGCAAGCCGACCAAGAUGAACUUCUUCCGCAAGUUCUUCGAGCUGCAAGUCCUUAUGCUCCAGCACAACGCCGGCUUGACGGACUCGCACCCUUACGCCACGAGCCCGAUCAACUGGCCCUUCCUCCUGAGCGGCAUCAGCUUCUGGACAGGCGGCACGAACGAGCGUCAGCAGGUCUACCUCAUCGGCAACGUCGUCGGCUGGUGGAUCUGCAUCAUGGCGCUGUCGAUCUUCGUCGGCGUCCUCGCGGCCGACCAGCUCGCAAACCGCCGCGGCUUGACGCCGAUCCCGACCCCUAUGCGGAACCGGCUCUACAACACGGGCGGCUUCUUCCUUCUUGCCUGGCUCUACCACUACGCUCCCUUCUUCACCAUGUCGCGCCAGCUCUUCCUCCACCACUACCUCCCCGCCCACCUCAUCUCCGCCCUCGUUGCCGGCGUCGUCUUCCACUUCCUCUUCUGCGGCGACACAGUCGACUACCCCGUCUCGGUCGCCGGCCCGCUGACCCGUCGUCGACCACGCACGCGCGCAAAAGUCGGCAAGGGCAUGAAGAUUGCGUUCGUUGUGGUUGUCGGACUGCUCGUCGCCAACUUUGCGUUCCUCAAGCCGUUGACGUACGGCACGCCGAGCUUGACGCCCGAGCAGGUCAACAGGCGGCGGAUGCUCUCGAGCUGGACUCUGCAUUACGCGAAGUAG